AUGCAAGUGGAUUUUCGGACGUUGCAAGCAGCGGACCCGAAUUCAACCUCCUCGGAAGGGGCCUUCCUUGAUGAUGGUGUCUACAAGCUGUCCGACCCAACAAUCAUCUUGGCCCGUUUCAGAAGGGACGAGCUCUGCUCUUUGCCUCCCGGGGGGCAUGCCAAGCUGCACCAUGUCAUCGGAACGACGCUCGGGCAGUGGGUGCUGAUAAUCUUCAUCUUCCUAGUGCUGCAGUUCAUCGGCACGGUGGUGUGUCGGCUCACAGAGUUUAACAAUUGGAAUGACAGCUUCUGGACCUGUUAUACUCUGCUGAUUGAUAUCGGCACGCAAACCGGGCUUCCGGCCGAUGCCACCCCGACUGACAAACUCGUGUCGGUGGUCCGGAUCCCGGCUCUGGCGGUGACGAGAUGCUGGGAUGUGGGGAUUGUCCUGCUUUAUUAA